AUGAUUCUGGUCUUGUCCAGAUUGCUUGUCACGAAGACGAAGCGUCCCUGUUUGUAUUGCGUGUCCCAGUGGGUGAAGUACUGUGGUUUGGUUGACUUGGAUUUGCGUUCCCUCUGUGUCCAGCGGUACCUGGACGAGGCUGAGCGGGAGAAGCAGCAGUACGUCCGGGAGCUGAAGGAGUACCAGCAGAGCGAGGCGUUCCGGCUCAGCGCUGCCAAGAUCCAGGACAAGAAGGUCAAACGAGAAGAGUCAGCAUCUGUAAUCAUCAACGCCACAGGCUCUGGACCCGCAGGGCACAAGGGCGCGGAGCUGUCCGACAGGUUCUGGAAGUUUGAUGUGCCGAUAUUUACAGAGGAGUUUCUGGACCAGAACAAAGCCCGCGAGGCGGAGCUGCGGCGCCUGCGGAAGGCGAACAUGGAGUUCGAGGAGCAGAACACGGCGCUGCAGAAGCACAUCGCCGACAUGCACGGCGCCAAGGAGCGGCUGGAGGCGGAGCUGGGGCAGGACGAGAGGCGCACGCAGGCCCUGCAGCGACACCUGCUGGCCAUCAAGCACACGCUGGCCGCCAGCCUGGCCGCCGUGCCCCUGCCAGGCUCAGGGGAGACCCCCUCUUUCGGGACGCUCGAUGCGUACAUGAGCCGGCUGUGCAGCGUGCUGGAGAGCAGCCCCCACGAGCACCGGACCCUCAUCGCCCAGCUGCAGGACAUCCUGGCGCAUUUCGACAGUGAGAAGCUGUGAGUAGCGCCGACCGGCUGGGCGCCGCCGAGAGCCAGCCUGACCCGCCGCAGUGGAGAGGCCGGAGCGACCCACCACACGCCCCCCGCCUCCUGGGGCCGGGGGUCUCCAGGGGAACGGAGGAUCCCCAGGGUGGAGAGUAGGGUCUGACGGGCCCUCGCCGGGGGGAGGGGGGGCGAUCAGUGCAGCACCAGGGCAGCUGGAACUCUGCGGGGGGGUGGGUGGUGGGUGGGGGGGGUCAUGCACGCUGCUGUCCAGUUCCACCCCUGUCCCUCCCUCCCUCUCUGCACCGGGCUGUCCGCCCCAGCAGCUGCGAGAGAGGGAGGCGUCACGGGCAGAGCUGAGACCCAGCGAGCUGCUGUUUUACUCCAGGGGGUAUUGUGGGGGGGCAAGGGGGGAGACCUGGGGGCAGGAGGAGGCUUGUGCAGACUCGCCCAGCAGGCUGGAGGACGGUGUGUGUGUGCUGGGAGCGCUGCUGUCAGUCCAGCUGGGCUGCAGGCUUUCAAGAGCGAGGAGACGACGAGCGCUUCCUAUACAGAAGGGACGUCCCAGGCCUCGAUAUGCAUUAGGUUUUUAAUUUCUGUUGGUGUGGGUGGAUUUACCUCACAUUGUGGUGCAAGUGGUAAGGGGAGGAGGGGGCGUUCGUCCAAUAUAACGGUAAACGCUUGCAUGUCUUUUUGUUUUGUUUAAACCUUUAUAAAUGGGUGACCAUCCGAAAUCAAGCGGUGUAAAAUAAAUUCUGAUGAAAAUUAAAUACAUUUAAUGACUGA